CUCGAGAUUGAUCGAUACUACGCUAUAAAGACCUUUGCCCAUGCUGGAAAUCAUGGGAAACUCUUUGGCCAAGGCUGCGGCAGUAGAUUUCGGCAUUCAGUGGGCGUGCUGGGCGGUGGCAGCUAGUCUUAAGACUGAGAAAUUUUACGAUUUGGCAGGAUCGGGGACGUUUAUAUAUCUAGCCUUACAGAGUCUGAAAUGGGGAAGGCGGUAUCACCUCAGACAGAAAGUCAACACAGGAAUGGUUGUCUCCUGGGCGUUCAGACUUGGUCUGUUCCUUUUCACAAGAAUUCUAAAAGAAGGUCAAGAUCGUCGCUUUAACAAGGUCAGGGACCAACCCGGGACGUUCUUUGUGUACUGGACAAUUCAAGGUAUGUGGGUGUUCCUGACACUACUUCCGACACUGAUUGUGAACACCAAGAGAGAGGACCAACCUUUGAACUCACGUGAUUAUAUCGGAUGGUCCCUGUGGACAGCCGGAUUCUUGAUCGAGAGCAUCGCGGAUUACCAGAAAUCCGCCUUCAGAGGAAAUCCAGAAAACCAGGGUAAAUUUAUUCAGCAUGGCCUGUGGAGCAUUGUCCAGUAUCCUAACUACCUGGGGGAGAUCAUGAUGUGGUCUGGUAUUUACCUCUCCUCCACCUCAGUUCUCCGGGGGUGGGAGCAUGUCAGCGUCAUCUCCCCCAUCUUCCUGACCUUCCUCCUCACCAAGGUCAGCGGAAUUCCCCUCCAGGAAAAGUCAGCCUUCAAACGAUAUGGAGGAGACCCAGCAUUCCAUGAGCACAUCAAGAAAACUCCCAAACUGAUCCCAUUUAUCUGGUAAUCAAGAAAACUUCCAAACUGAUCCCAUUUUUUUUGGUAGUCAAUAAAACUCCCAAACUGAUCCCAUUUAUCUGGUAGUCAAUAAAACUCCCAAACUGAUCCCAUUUAUCUGGUAGUCAAUAAAACUCCCAAACUAAUCCCAUUUAUCUGGUAG